AUGCUUCACAGUGGAAAUGGAUUUGUCAGAACUAUGAUUUUAUCAGACAAGUGUGAGAAAUGGAUUCAAAACUCUAUCCAGUUACCGAUACCUGCUCUUCUGGUAGAUCAAAAUAUUCUGCAACAGCUCCAGUUGAACAUUUGUAAUAAAAUGAGGUUGAACCGCAAGAUAAAAAUUGCUGUCGAUGCUGAGAACUUUGGAUCUUCGAAGUUCGAUUUUGAAAAUUUCGAACUCUUAAGAUUUUACAAUCACACUGACAAAGACUACUUGGUGUUCGAAGUGUCGUCAGAGAAUAAAAUAAUCAUACCAAAGAACUUCUCAUAUAAAAUAAACAAUAACCUUAAAGUUCCAACUCAGAUCUCCUUAUUCUUAGAUUUAUGGAAUCGUGGGAAUUUUGUGAAUUGCCGAAACAUGACGAUGCGUAGAGAUUCAACAAAGAAAGGAAUAUACACAAUGCUCAGAAACGUUCUUCUUCCACCAAGAAAACCUAUUCCAGUGCUCGAAUCUGUUAGAACUCUAGCACAACUUCGAGAUGAAAUGCUGAAAUUUGGUAUUUUUCCAUUUCUAAACGGUGGAACAUUCCUUGGAUGGUAUCGAGAGUGUUCAGUCAUUCCACACACUACCGAUAUGGAUAUUGCAGUAUUUGCAGAAAACUGGAAUCUUCAGUUUUCUGAAUUCAUGUGGACUCACAACUCAAGUUUUAGAGUUAAAAGACAAUUGGGUUUGGUCAAUGAUUCGUAUGAACUCACACUUGUCCCAAAAAAUGGCUUCGAGACUCCCGUCGAUGUGUUUUUAAUGUACAAAGAAAUUGAGAAUGGGAAAGAAAAUCGAUGGGUUGGUGGACUCACAACCACUGGUAUCAAAUACAAAUACAUGUAUCCUGAAUAUGACCCGUGGUGUGCUGCAGAUCUGAUGGGUCACUUGUUUUGGGUUUCUUGCACUCCGGAAGACAAAAUUCAGAAAGAGUACGGAAACACAUGGUAUCUAGAUGAGAAUUCUUCAAAAUACAUUUGGAAUGCAGCUCAAAACGCAGUGGAAAAUGGAAGAUUCUCUCGAGAACAAAUGAAGACUGAAACGUAUAAUGAGUACAAAAUAAACGAUUUUUCUUGA